AUGCCAAAAAACAACAAGGCAGGAGUUCGAGAGGCGGUGCCUAUCUUCUUCGAUUUUGUCCCGGGAAAAAUCCAAGGCUGGCCUAUCUGGGUAGACAAGGAAUUGUCUGAUGCUGAGUUUGUGGGUCGCUUGGAGCGCGCUGGUAUCCUGAAGGCAGUGGCUAUUUCCAGAAACCUUGAAGGCUUCAGAGACGCCAAAGGGCUCAGGCAUCUGUCCAAACGCAAGUAUGAUUAUAAGAAGGGCAAAAGCCAAUCUUCUAGUAACGAUGUGGUGGAGGUGUCUCCUCCUAUGACCGGCAAGACUUUGGGAGAGGAGAUUGUUACUACUCUUUCUUUUGCUCUUCCUAUUACAGGGGAGGAGCCCCCCAUUGGUGGUCUGGCUGAGGAAACCGGGCAACCGAUGCAGGGUUCCCAAGAUUCUCAGGAUCCCAAAGCCUCUAAGAUCCCUUCAUCUCAAAGUCCCCAUCUUGAGCGCACUCCUAGUUUCAUCAGGACUGUGUUUCCUCAAUCAUUGUCAGAUAAAGGUGCUUUGGAAGACACUCCUUUAUCCAAACAAACAGGUCAAGCCAGUGAGAAGUCUGUUCCCAGUGUUGCCUCUUCCUUAGAAUCAGAAAGUUCAGAAGAAUCUUCGGGGAAAUCAGAGGAUCGGGGAGAAGAGGCUCUGCCUCAGGAAGCCGGCUUUAAGGAUUUUGAGCCUGUUAUCCCUGAAGGAAUUGUAAGACCCGUUCAAAUAGUUGAUCUUCAGCCAGAGCAAAAGGCUGCAAGUCCUCCAGUCUCUGCAAGUGGUGACACAACGAUGGGGGACGCCUUGGGAGUGGCUGCCUCAGAUCUUGAUUCAAGGCUUUCCUCCUUCCUAGCUCGCUUUAACUUAUUGGAAUUUAACAAUCUUCCUGCCAGCCAUUUCCAUGCCUUUGGGUCUUCUUAUGGCAGCUUCCUACGCUUCUCUGUUCCUGCUGAAGGCCUACCGCUGCUAGAGAGUCUACUCAAGAGUCACGGGGAUUUCACCAAUGGCUUCAGGGGAGGCGUUUUUCUGGGUAACAUUUUGUUGGAGUUACUAUGUGCUGUGCUGGUUUCCCUUAGGAAUUCUUCUGUAGAUUCUUUGUCUGAAGAAAAGCUUCUAGAGUGGAGAGGGGUGGUCCAAGACCUUUUGGAGGCCAAGUUCAAUUUGUCCUUUUUGUUGGAUCACCUGCGUCUGUUGGCUCAUAUGCUGUUUCAGAGGCAAUUAUCCAAGAGCAUAGACAUUGAGAUAGCUGCUGCUGAGGAAGCUUUGGCUCGUGCUCACAGGGUUUUACAGGAUUUGAGGGUCAAGCGACAGAGGAUCCUUUCGGCUUCGACUGUGCCUGUUAUUCCUCCGGAUGCCUCCUUGUUAGCUGGCCUCAUUCCUUAGCUUAUUUUAGAUUUAUAUAAACAAUUUGGGGUUGUAUAAGUUUUUUUUUUUUUGAACAUUGCUUUCCUCUUUCUUUCCUUGUGUUUCAAAACUGCUUCUAAUUUCUUAGUAUAUGAAUCUGUCUUUCUAUUUGAUACAUUGCCUUUUCUUUUUGAUGUGUGACUUUUCUCUUUUCUUUCCCGAG